CUCGACUCCUUCGUCCAUCCCGUUCAUUUCUAUCGCUUUUUUUUUUCUCUCCUCUGAAACGCGACAGGCACACUCUCUUCUGACACUCCCAUUCGAUUGUUGCGCCGCGAGCGCUGCCCCUUUUUCAGUCAUGGAUAUCCAGGAGACCCAGCGUCUCCUUUCGGAGUACCUCCAUGAACUAGCAAACCUGUUCCAUCAGCUCCCCGGAUCUGCCAUUUUCCUCCGCUAUGUGAAGUCGAGUUAUCAAGAUGACCCUGUCCGGUCGAUGGUCGAAUUGUUCCUUUUCCUUUUCGCUGUGCGGUAUUUGCUUGCGCCCAAGUAUUCGACGAAGCCCGGUGUUGUUCAACUUUCGGACGAUGAAGUUGAUGAUCUGGUGGAUGAAUGGACGCCGGAGCCGUUGGUGGGAAACCCCACGCCUCUGGAGGAGAUGGAGGUUGAGAAGAGGACUGUUAUUGUUGGUCCCGUUGGCCCCAAGUCGAAGUUGUCGAACGGUCGCACCGUCAUGAACCUCGCAUCCGUCAACUUCUACAACUUCAACACGAACGAAUCGCUCAAGGAGAAGGCUAUCCAGACUCUUCGUAAUUACGGUGUUGGUCCCUGCGGUCCACGUGGAUUCUACGGUACACAGGAUGUACACAUGAAAACUGAAGCGGAUGUUGCGUCGUAUCUCGGUACUCCCGCCUGUAUCAUCUACGCGCAGGCGUUCUCAACCAUCUCCAGUGUUAUCCCGGCGUUCUCGAAGCGUGGUGAUAUCAUUGUUGCGGAUAAGGGUGUUAGCUUUGCUGUUCGGAAGGGUAUCCAGAUUUCUCGGAGUAUUGUGCGGUGGUAUGAACAUAAUGACAUGGAGGAUCUGGGGAGGGUUUUGGCCAAGGUUACCAAGGAGCAGGCUAGGAAGCCGCUCACUAGGAGGUUUAUUAUCACUGAAGGUAUUUUUGAGGCCCACGGUGAUGUGGUGAAUUUGCCCAAGAUUAUCGAGCUGAAGCUUAGGUACAAGUUCCGACUUAUCCUCGACGAGACGUGGUCGUUCGGUGUCCUUGGACGGACCGGCCGCGGCGUGACGGAACACCAGAACGUUGAUGCAGCGGAGGUUGAUAUGAUUGUGGGAUCGCUGGCCGGCCCACUCGUCGCAGGCGGAGGUUUCUGCGCUGGUUCGGAGGAAAUCGUCCAUCACCAGCGUAUCUCUGCGGCCGCAUACACAUUCUCUGCCGCCCUGCCCGCCCUUUUGUCCACGACUGCCAGUGAGACGAUCAACCUUCUACAAAACAACCCCGAUAUCGUCUCUCAACUGCGGGAACAAACCAAGGUUAUGAGGGCACAGUUGGUUCCUCGCAGUGACUGGGUUUAUUGCACCAGCGCUUUGGAGAACCCUAUCAUUAUUCUGCCUCUUAAGCCUGAGGUAGUCGCCGCAAAGAGGUUGUCGUUUGAGGACCAACAGUUUUUGUUGCAGGAUGUUGUUGAUGAGUGCACGGCAAAUGGCGUCCUCAUAACCCGUCUAAAGUUUCUCGAUGACAACUUUGAACCCAGGCAGCACCUUCUCCCGGCCCUGAAGGUUUGCGUGACCAUCGGCCUCACCCGGAAAGAAAUUGAGAAGGCAGGGACAGUAAUCCGCCAUGCUAUAACGAAAAUCGUCAACAGGAAGAAGUAAUGUCUUACCGUUUAGACUGCAAAAACGGAGUUUGUUCAUGACAUUCAUGUUGCCAUGAUUUGCCCUGGGUUUCAUUAAGGUUGCGUUUGCUUCUUUCUUUUCUGCCCACUUUUGCUCACCUUUAAUUCCUGUCUAUUAUUAUCGACCCUACAUACACUAUUUGUAUAGAAUGUCCACAAAGAGGAUGGUUUGGCUAUCCCUUUGCACAGUGGCCGCCUUGUACUAAAACACCGACUCUUUUGAUUCUGUUGGCGAGUCUUGUUCAGCUUCGCAUCUGUUUUGGUCUUGUUUUCUUCUUGCUUUCGUCGUGGGCAUUAUUAGACUUAAUUCAUAUAUCUUUAAUACGG